CCCAAAGCUUGAGAGACAACAGAAAAAUCUUCGUAGAGAAAUCAAAGUAAAAAUGAUGAAGUUCAAGUCCAAGAGGUUUGGGAUUAGAUUUGGAUUUGGUAAAAGAAUCAACAACAAAGGCACACAACAAGAUCAACAACAAAAGGGAUUUGGUAAUAACAACAACAAUAGUUGCUGCAGCAACUAUGAGAUCAAAUGGGAACUUAGGCCAGGAGGUAUGCUUGUUCAAAAGAGACAAGAGAGCGUUGGUGAAGACUUGAUCUCCAUUAGAGUCUCUACUUUUGCUCAUUUUCAUGAUCUCUCCGUUGAAGCCACCUCCACUUUUGGAGAACUUAAGAUGGUAUUGUCAUUGGUUACCGGUUUAGAGCCGAAACAACAAAGGCUAUUAUUCAAAGGGAAAGAAAGAGAGGAUGAUGAAUAUCUACACAUGGUUGGUGUUGGAGAUAAAGACAAAGUGUUGUUGUUAGAAGAUCCUGCCUUCAAAGAGAAAAAACUUCUUGAUCUUAACAACAUUUCCACUUCUUGUCCCACUAUAAUAGUAUAAACAGCUAAACCAAUUUGUCAAAUUAGUUGUUUGUUAACUUCUUCUUGGUGAAACAUAAAAUCAGACAAGAGUAAUAACUAUGCAUAAUUGUCAUUAUUAACUCUAUAGAUCCCACGCAGUCAUUCUAUUUCGAAGUUGUAAUAUGUUUACAUGUUGUAAUAUACAUAUCUGUCAAAGU